GAUGUCUGAGAGCAUCAUGGCUCUCACCGUAAAGCGUUCUCUUUGAGUUUUGCCUUCUGCUACAAUAACUAAGACCAUGCAGCACGGAGCAAACAAUGAGAAGAGUCCGGGCGAAUACAACCACAAGAUGUCGCAAACUACUAGCCCAAGUGUAUUAAGGAAUCGGAGAUCGGAUACAGUAAAUUUUAGGACAGGAGAAGAAAGAAACGCCGUGGUUCGAACUGUGUCUGGAGAAACAGUCGCUCGCACGCCUAUCUACCGCCGACCACUUUCUGAACGAACUUCAGCGUCUAUCCUUCGGCAAAAUGCUGAAAUGCCCAGCCAUGUCAGCGAUGCGAGAUCUGUGAGAUUGCCAAGCUCUGCAAACUACGAACAUCAGGCAACAAACCAAGGUGAAAUCAGAUUACGCCCAACUAUGCCGGGCGAAAUUACUGACAAACCGAUCAAGGUCAAGCGGAAUUUCUCCUUAGAGGGUGCCAUGGACAAAGUCAGAGCCACGGAAAACCCCACCGCCACUGAGCGGAUGGUGCAUUUCGCACUGAUGGGCCAGUACCUCAAAACGCUCUACACGCACGAUCAGCUCUGUGACGUCAUCAUCACAGUCGGAAACUACACUUUCAGCGCCCACUGCAUCGCGCUUGCCUGCCACAGCGAUUACUUCGCCGAAGUUUUGCUGAAAAACCGCAGGCACACCAUCCCGCUGAAAAUCAGACUAGAAGACAUCACCGCGUCCGCCUUUCAGAAGAUACUGGAGUUCAUAUACACGGCCGAGAUUCGAAUCAAUUACGAUAAUGUCGGUGAGAUGUACGUCGCUACUCGAAAACUGCAGAUUUUGCCCCUUCUCAGCGUCUGCCAGGAUCUUUUCAGCUCCUUCCCGCCCGAUAAAGCCAUAGCCGUCAUGGAGACCGCAGACCGAAACAAGCUGAAAGUUUUCUAUGAAAAAGCCUACAAGGUGGUGUUGUCCCACUUCCCGGAAAUUUACCCAUCGUCCGGUUUUCCAACUCUGGACGUGGAGAAGCUUCACCGCAUGCUGCAGGACGACGAUUUAAGGGUGCUGACUGAGCUGGACGUCUUCCGGGCCGCCAUGCGCUGGUUGACCUACGACAAAGAAAACCGCAUGCGCUACGCCGCACAACUCAUGAGCUGCGUCAGGUUCAUGUUGAUGACAUCAAAAGACCUUGUCACGUGCGUGGAAGAGGGUGGCCAAAUCAUGACCAGCGAUGGAUGUCAGAGUUUAAUUCUGGCGGCAAACUGGUAUCGCACCUGCGUCAACCUUGGCAGAGAGUCCACCUUCCCACUGCCCACUCACACUCCAAGGACCUGCAUGGUGGACCUUCCACCACAAGUCCCUGAGUCCACUGACCCUCGUUUCCUGCCGUCCAGAGCAAUCUCGUCAGAGACAGCCUGUCAGUCGACCUUCACUAUAUUAGCCAUAGGAGGCUUUUCAACUGCUAGCAUGCCUGGAGACGAGGAUGGGAUCGCGCCAAGUACGAGUAUUCUGCGUUACAACCCCUUACUGAACACCUGGAAGCUGUGGGCCGCCCUCCCAGAGCCACGAACAAACCACGCCGUCGCCAUUGUGAACGGAGUCAUCUACAUCGUAGGUGGUUGCAAUCCUCGAGAUGGUCGCCACGGCAUUUAUGUCCCCAAAUCCACUGUGUUCAAAGUGAACGCCAGGACUCGCAAAUGGAGCCAGGUGACGUCCAUGAAUGAAAACCGAAUGCACCACAAGGUGGCAGUAGUGUCCGGCCUCGUUUACGCCGUGGGCGGCGAGGGUUUAAACAACAUAGUCCUUGCCUCAGUUGAAGUAUAUAACCACGUGACCAACCAGUGGUCGUACAUCGCCCCACUGAGCACCGGAAGGAUCGGCAUUGCUGCGUGCGCACACUCUGGGCUUCUUUACAUCGUUGGUGGCUAUGCCGACAGUGGGACCAGCACAUCCGGGGAACCCAUCUUGAACCUGGUGGAGUGCUAUGAUCCGCACACGAACAGAUGGUCCAGCCGAAACCCAAUACCCGAGCCACGUUGCCAUGCCAACCUGUCAGAAUGUGGCGGGAAACUUUACCUGAGCGGCGGCGCUGUGUCGUCGUACGCUAAUGGCGACUGCACAUACAGCAGCGUGGGGUCCAUACUGGAGUACCACGAGAAGAGGGACCAAUGGACAGCCAGGACGGAGAUGACUUCACCAAGGCACAAUGCUGGCAGCGCAGCUCUGGGUUCCUGCCUAUACGUGAUGGGUGGCAUCAGUACCUUGGAAGGCUCGGCCUUGUCUUCCGUGGAGUGUUUUGACACCAUGACAGGGAUCUGGUCACGUGGAGAGGACAUGCCGUCCCCGGUAGUAGGAUGCGCAUGCGUCGUGCUGCCGCCAGUCAAGUAA